CGUGGCUUCUCUGCGCUGUUUGGUCCGCUGGUUGUCCUGUAUAAAAAGCCGUAUUCUGGAAGUCGUGCGCACAUCGUUCUUGUUCUUCAUAUCUCUGCACGUCUCUUCUGUGACGUCGAAUCACAGCUGACGAUACAUUUGACAAAAAUGACGACACGCAUAUCAUUUGGCCUCCUGUUGCUGCUGAGCUGUGUUUCCAUGGUGACAUGCCAAAACGCUGGCACGGAUCUGACCCGGGCACCCGGAAGUUCCGGGGAAUCGGUUGUGAGGGCGACGGUGUUGCUCAUUCGAGAGUCCUGUGUCUUCCAGAACGACUAUCUCUUCCUGAGGAGGCUGGCUUAUGUAAGCUCUAGCAACGGGUUGAACCCCAACACGUACAGGGCAGGCUACCACGGGGGAAUCUGGCAGAUCUCACAGGAGGACUAUCAAAACACCCUCUCGGUGCCCAACAUAGACUACGAUCGUAUCAAGGUGGCUUUGAAUGUUGACUGGAAACUGACGAGUUGGAGCGACUUGAGAAAACCUCUCUAUUCCGGAAUCGCUGCAAUGCUUACGUUAGAGAGACUGUCCCCCAUACCACGUGAUCUUCAGAGACAAGCUGAGUUCUACCAGACCAAGCUGUCAGGGCAAGCUUCUGUCUUUUUGGCACAGUUGGCUGGAUAUGAUUCAGCCUGUGCGACUGACGAGCUAGACAUGGCGUUCGUCCUUGACGCAUCAGGCAGUAUUUCUUCUUCUGAAUAUAAAAAAUCCAAGAAUUUUACAGCAGAAGUUAUUGGAUAUUUCAACGUGGGAUAUGAUUCCGUUCGCGUUGCCUUGACUUCUUACAGCAGUAGUGUAUCGGAACAAAUUCAGUUCCUAGAAUACAACACGACUGAAUCCCUUCAGAAAGCCGUGCUUGCAGCUUACAAAAAUAGUGGAGGAACAAAUACAAACAGGGCCCUGGACAAUCUGAGGACUUCAAUUUUUAAAAAGAACAACUCCCGAAAAGAGGCAGCCAAGAUCGCUAUUGUACAGACAGAUGGAAACUCUGGUAGCCGGUCGGCCACUAUAGCGGCUGCAGACUUGUUGAAGGACGAGGGGGUCACCGUCUUUGCGAUCGGUGUUGGGAAUGGGAUUGACAGAGUUGAACUUGAAGGUAUCGCCACUGAGCCAAACUGCACUCACGUCAGAAUGAUAGCAGACUUCUCCGAACUGAAUUCUAUCGCCUCGGACAUCAAAGAAGCAGCCUGUAAAGUGUGGCUACGGAUGGGAAGCCCACAGUGAUCUAUCUAGAAAAUGGGAAUGAAACUCUGUACCUCAGUGUCGUUGCCGAAGUGAGCAAUGGAGACGAGUGUGACAGUACCUUCCUGGUCAAGGUCUUGGAAACAAACGCCCUGAGAAAGACAGCCGCUUCCAACCUGUGCAUCAAAAACUCCCAACAGCAGGCAUGCUCUGAUCUCGACUACGUGAAAAGUGGGGACUUUGAGCAGGUCAAUGCCAGCAACACCGCCAGACAGGUAUGCCAAGACAACUCCAUGGGUUACUUCCCCCACCCUGACACGAUCACCAAGUACGUGUACUGUGUUUCCAGCACUGAGGCUUACGAGGUCAACUGUCCAGAUGGCUUUGCCUACCUCGACUCACAACAAGACUGCAUUGCACCGGUCUCCACCGACAGUGACAAGGUGUGCCAAGUGUGUACCCAAGAGAACUUGGAGCUGGGCCUGAAGAAGUUUCCACUGGUCUCUAACAACCAGCAGUUCGUCAACUGUAGCAGGGUGGACACCUGUGUGGUUUUGGGUUGUGGUGACGACACUCGCUACCUUCCGAAUGAGCAGAGAUGCUCGGAUCCCCCUAUUAACACGGGGAACAUUGUCCGUGGUUCAUUCGCAGCGAUGUGGAUUAUCUACUUUGUCCAGAAUAUUAUCUAGACAGCUAGUAAACGUUAUUGGAUUCUCCCUUUUUGUUUUGUUUUGGGACCCCCCCCCCCCCCCCAACAAAAUAAAAAAAGGAGGAGGGGUAGCUUUUCUUUUAAAAAAAUAUUUAAAAAGAAGGAUAGGGUGGGUUGGAGGGCGUUUACAAAACUCUACCUUAGAAUGGCAACUGUCUCACUGCUCUUUGCGUUGUUUUGAAAAUUAUGACGUAAAGCAUAUUUUUAAAGUUUCACUACCAAGAUUUUUCGACUAAAAUUCUUUGAAUAUCUUGAUAACGACUCCUAAUAAUCAUACGAUUUUGGUAGGGCAGAUUAUAGAACUUUUAUUUUCGACCUUAGAGUCUUAGUAACUCAAAACGGCCAAAAAAGUCCGAUAGAACUUCGUAAUUCUUAAGUAGCGAAGAGACAAUAGCUUUUCUUUACAUGGAGAUAUCUGCUAUUAAAAGUUAACGUUCAACGAUUUACAUUUAGAUCACUUUCUACAUGUUGGUGUCCUAGAGGUUUUUUUGUUUGUUUGUUUUUUCUUUGUUAAAUCAAGCCAUAUUUAAAUGUUAUGUGCACAAUGAACAGUAUUACGGAAAUUAUUUGCUGGCUUUCCUUUUCUCUAAUUGUCCAAAGUUCCCUUUUUUUUCUAAGUCCAAACCAUGUCCGAAAUUUUAUUUUAAAAGCUGCGUUGUUAUUCUUGUUUUUUAACAAUUGUGAAAUGCUUUCUAAUAACUUAACCACGUUUAAAAAUGCAAUGUUGUCCUGAAUGCAUUUUAUUUCAAUUUAUCUGUUUAUUUUUCUUCCUGCCACCAAUGCUUGUUCUUGUUGAAAAAUGUUACUCAUGUACAACUGACUGCUUUUACCAAGUGUAAUAAUUUACUUACAACCAGUAUAUUUUUAUUCCACUUACAAAAGACUACAGACCUACUGAUGUAAGAUUAUACAAUAUACAGGAAAUCCAUGUUUUAGUUAUUGUACGCAGCCUGCAACUGCAUUGCUGCAAUCUGUUGUAUUUAAUAAAAAUAAGGAAUUUGAUAUGAAUAAUUUCGAAAGAACAUUUACCUUGAGGACGCCGUGAUGAUAUGAAAACGUUAAAUUUCUAAAGUUUGAUAUGAACGCCAUGUUCCAGUUCUGUGUAAAUGUCUAUGAUAACUUUGCAUUUUUAUAAUCAGUUUUUAUUAUAAAUGUACCUUUGCACAACCUGCCUCCCCAAAAAAAGAAUCCAAAGCCUAUCCUGCAUUACAGGGACAGCUUUCAAUUACCAUAUCGUAUUGAUUGUAUCAAAGAUACACUUCAAUUUUUGAAUUAUUCCUCUCUCUCUCUCUCUCUCUCUCUCUCUCUCUCUCUCUCUCUCUCUCUCUCACUCACUCUCUUUCUCUCUCUGUUUUUCUAGCUUUCACCUUUUCUUCAUUUUAAACACUGCCCAGUUUUUAGUUCUGUUUUAGGGAGGAGGUGUGCUGCAUUACACAAUAGCAUUCCAUUCCGUUCUGUAACCUGAUGUUGCUGUAGCUGAUGUGAACGACUGACCAGUCCUGUUGCUGGGUUCAGAUAAGUCUGAAUGUGCUACAGCCUCUCAGAGCAGACAGAACGUGAUACAAUAACGCCCCAUCUCCCCCCUCCCACACUCCAUAAACACACACUCUCUCGAAAACCGAACUUAAAGACCUCUGCAUUUAACUGCUAAAAGUUCUACCAUUGCACCACAGAUAUCUAAACGUCAUACUAUUUACCAUACUUAUGUGAUUAUAUUUCUGUGCAUAAUUUGCAAACAGUUUUCGUCGUGUUACCCGCUUUAUAUUUCGUUAAUAUUUCUGUCUUUUGACUUGAUCCGUUGAUCUACACUACAUUUGUCAAAUUAAAGGCCCAGAGGCCGCAUACAGCGGGUCAAACAAUGUAUUAUAUCUGGCCCCUUAAAACAUUUUAGGAAGUCCAUGUUGAGAAUGCAGAACCUGACUCCAAACAAAACAAAAUUGUUGCCAAGAAAAGGUGCCAAACAUCCAGUUCUGCCAAAUUAGCAUAAAGAACGAAUAUUCAUGGUUUGCUUUAAUGUUGUGUUAGUAUACUACAGUUUCAUUUCAUGAUAAAUCAUUCUUUAAAAUAGUGUUAUAUUUCGAUUCCGCAAUCAAUGUUUAUCCACAUCGGCCGGAAACCUUACGUGCACUUUAAGUAUAACACCCCCCAACCCCCACCCCCUGAGUGACUGAGUUUGGUACCCCUAAUCUAGACCUAGAUUUUUCUAAAGAUCCGGUUUUGAGUUUUAGAAUUACCGCGGUACACUUUGUUGGACUCCAUAUUGCAGUUUACUUGUUACCUCUUCUCAACUUCCUGAAGAAGAAAUUUUGAUAUGGGUUUAUAAAAGAUGCUCAACGGCUGAAACAGUUUUUAAAAACUGUUCUCUUAUAAGCCUUUUUUUAUAAUUAUAUUUUUAUUUCUUAUUUCAUUAGUGUAUGUUUUUUUUCCUAAUUCUUUUAAAACAAAUCGUUUUUUUCCACUCUACUGAAACAAAAGAAAAACUGUUUAAGAUGCUGCUUGUUCUAUUGUUCUACCUUAUUAAAAAAUAGAUGUAAUUUGUUGAAAAUCCGAAUAUUUAUUUAGUUUCCCUGGUGUUCACAAAGGAAAUACAUACUAUUCGGUAUCAGCUCAAUCAAAUUCUGUUCAUUGUUGCUUUUUCGUACUAUAAAUGUCCUCGAUAUGUGAAUAAUGAUUAAUCUGGUAUAUUUCAAAUAACACUCGGAUCGUACGAUUCCUUUGCUGACUAUUAUUCCAUAUUAACAAACGUAUAUUAUGUCCAUGCGUAUUUCCUCUUUUGUUUUAUCCAUCUUGUUUUAUCUUUUUAUUCUAUACGUAUCUGGUGGUUACUUUUAAUCUUUUUAAAUGGAAAGCACAUUUUCUUUUUAAUUUUUUAAAAAGUAUUCUAAUACAGUAGUCUAGCCACCAGCUUCCUCUCACCUCUUCUGAAACAUAGGCAAAACUGCUCGUACUUUGAAAUCUACAAUGUUGCUCGUAAUGUUGUCUGUACUGCUAAAUGUAUGUAUCCAUGCUUGUUUCUUCUUCUGUUUGGUUAGUAAUUUUGUUUUUGUAUAGUUUUCUUUUGUAAGUGUCUCCUUUUUUCCCAUUCUUCGAAAUUAAGCGCACGUUUUAUUUUCCUCCUUUUUUUACAGUCUUAUAACUCGUGUGUAUCCCCAAAAACUAGUUUAACUGCCAACGUCCUCUCUCCUUUUGUGGAACAAAAGCAAAACUAUUUCGUAAUUUAUAAUAUUGCCACUUGUAUUUUCUUCUUUAUUUAAAAUACAUGCAUUAAAAAUAAUCCGAAUACUCA